AUGGGCCUCAUCACUGGCACCACAGCCAACCCUCAUCAUUUGGAGAAGGAGAACUUCUCAGAAGGAUCUCCAAAGAAACCUAGAGAGAGAAGGCAGCCAAGGUGUGGGAGUAAGGCUGUACCCCACCAGGUGCCCAGCUCAGAUAAAAAGGCAGACGUGGGAAAUCGGUCAACCAUGACAGAGCCAGACCCCAUCCCGGAUGCCAUGCGGUGUUCCAUUAGGCGCUGCAUCAUAGCCUCAGUGAGCAUCGGAUUCCUGUGGCUCUUCACCAUUUUGGAAGUCCCCAGGGAAAUUGAAGAUGACCGAAACGCGAUGGCCAUCAAAGGCCAAGUAGCAGCCUUGCUCUCCGUGGGGGAACUGAGGACGUGGGGUGGGAAAAGUGUGGACGGGCAGACUCUCAGAAGCACCUCCUACUUUACCUCCUCAGCAUGGCUGACGGUGGGGAUCUCCUCUGUGCCACACCUGGGUCAAAACAACCUCUUGUACACUCUGGUCAGCUCGUUCCGUGCUGCCUCUAAGGCUGAGCAGAAACAUCUCUCAGUCCUGGUCCACCUGGCAGCUUCUGAUCUCACCAGGCUCCAAGAAACCAUUGUCCGUACUUCAAGCCUCUUCAGCUCACAGAUCUCGGCAGGACAGUUGAUACUGAUCGGUGCUGCCCCAGACGCCUCCCCCACUGUGGCUGGCACCACGGACAGUGCCCUUAGUGGGGAAUCCUACUUCAAGCAGAGUACAGAUCACGCCUUCCUCAGGAGCUUUGCCACAAACCUCUCCGAUUACUUUCUGGUACUGGAGGACAACGUCUUUUGUGCCCCUAACUUUGUCACCCACAUGCUUUGGCAGGUGAACACCAUGAGGCCCAACCCGUGGGUCCUACUGGAGCUCUCAGAUGUGGGGUCCCUUGGUCGACUCCCCCACAGCAGGGACCUCCCGGCCCUGGCUCACUUCCUCAUCUUCCCCAAGGAGAAGCCCCUUGACAGGCUGACCCCUUGUUUCCGUGUUCUCCUGGCCCAGAGAAACCCGGGCCUCUGCAGUCCUUUCUUCUUCUACCGCCGGCUCUCCUGAAUGUCCAGUGGUGGCCAGAAGGCCGUACCAGCUCAGAGAAAGAACCCCUGUGGUCCUGACAACCCACCGGGAGCCAUUUUCACAGAUAUGAAGGUUUUUGAUGCUCAUUUUCCCUGGGAGGCCUAUACCCUGGAUGAGUCAUUCUUUUGGACCCGCAAUGUAGUCAUUUUGAACCAUCCUGCACACUUGAGCAAAGUACAGGUGUUGACAGGCACCACUGUGGAUGGAAAGUGCGCCCUAGCGAAGGGGCAGGUGGAGCUGGGCCGUGAGCCCGAGGGGGUGCUGCAUUGUACUGGCUUCUCCUUGCUGGGCCAUCUCCUGGAAGGGCAGGUGGAUCAGGAGAUUUUUCAAGGAACAAUGGGAUUCGCAGUGAGCUGUAUAAGGCUAGUGGUGAAAGCUAAUCAGGUUGGUGGCCUCAUAAUCAGGCAUAUUAACCUCUGGGGGGAAAAUGCCAAAGAGAUGGAAGCAGCUCAGAGUUGAAAGUAAAUCGGUAAGGGUAUGAAAAAUUAAAAUCUUGA